UCUACAUAAAUUUGUGAAAUUAAAGUUAGAGAAUAAUUUAACUCCGAAAUGGACGCUAUUUUCACCUUUCACCAAGCAAACCAUGUUGGACGUUUAGAAUGCACUUUCCUCGCCGAAGUUUGCUGGAUGGAGGAGGGAGUUUUCCAACAAUCUGCCCGACCAACGCCAUAUCUUCGCGUCAUGCUCACGCAGGACGACGGGGAGACAGUUAUGGUGGCCAUUGCGACCGGGAACUUUUACCACGUGGCUAAAAGUAUUUAUCAGGUUGGGAACGUAUAUUGCUUUCCACGUGGCAUGUUUGAGAUCCGUCCUCGUACCUCGUCGCAAGACUCCAGGUCAAGCUAUCCAUACGACUUGUUGUUUCUGAACGAUUCUGCCACAUCCGAUGGAAGGUGUCCAAAAUCCUCCCGUACUUCAGAACUGGAAGAGUCCAUGCAAAAUAUGAACAUUUUCUAGAUUUGUAUACUAUUUAAUCUAAUCAUAUUUUAUUACCUACUUGUAUUUAAUAUUUAUUUAUCUACACAGAUGUGUUUAUAAUGCUUUAUAUUAUUUACGACACUAAUUAGUAAUUAUAUUAAAUAUUGUGAUAUUUAAGC